CCGGGCUCGCUCUCUGCUCGCGCUGGGUCGGUAUAGGAGAGCGACUUACAGCGUCACUUCAGAAACAACAAGAGAGAAAAGACGCACUCGGCCAAACCCAAACUCAACCGCUGGGAAAACAACAACAACAAUGUCCGAAUCCAAGUACCGGGACUGGAUCCUCGAGACCAUCGACUCUCUACGCUCACGGAAAGCCCGACCGGACCUUGAGAGAAUAUGUCGUAUGGUCCGGAGAAGACACGGCUCGGAUCCAGACAGAACCCGGGAGGAACUGGAGAAACUGAUCCAGGAGCAAACAGUGCUCAAAGUUAGCUACAAGGGCUCCAUAUCCUACAGGAAUGCGGCGAAGGUGCAGAGAAAGAGUCGAAAGAAGAGUGACUUCACGCCGGGUAGCGGCGGCGGUAGCGAGGUGGAGGGAGAGCAAGCCAAACACUCCAGUUUGAACAACAACGGGGACAGCGCGCACAGCUUUACCGACCUAGAGGAGGUGGAGAGCCGGGACCGAGAGGAGGAUUCUGUCUCCGAGCCGAGUGAGUGCCCUGACCCCGGCCCGAAACCCCGGGUAUCACCCGAGAAAAAACAAAAGCUUUUUCCACUGAAUAGCGGAAACGGUCCUGGCUACUGCCCGGGUUGUGGCGAAACGGGCUGUGCUGCCGGGAGAGGCUGCAGUGGGAAAGCAAGUGCGUCAAAAGACAAGAGAUUAGGAGAAAGAGGAGGAGGUCAGGAAGGGGGUGGCAUCAGCGCUUUGGCCGGCAACCACGAAACAAAACCGGGCCAAGAUGGGAGCGGCGCUCCGAGCAAAGCAACGACGGGGCAGGAGGGCAGCAGUAGCUGCGUUGGUGUUGCUGCUGAAACGGAAAAUAAAAUGAGCCAGGGAAGCGCCAGUUCAAGUUCCAGCAGCAACAGCCAGCUCCUGCGGCCGAAACAGCUUCAGACAGAAUCCCCACCUGUCAAACCCAAACUCCGGGCCGGACGAGGUGAGGGGAACCCGGGGGUCGGGGGCAGCGGGCAAACCAGCUCGGAUUUGGGCGAAAGACUGAUCGCCUCCGUCCGCAGACUAGCCGAGCAGAACCGAGCCUCCGCGUUAAGAGGGGAGACCCGCGGGGGCCACAAGCCACUGGGACUGAAGGAGAUCCUGGGUUACCUGACCAGCCAAGACGGCCUCUCAUCUGAGGGUAAACUGACCCGCAACAGGGUCAAGGUGGUUCUGGAGAGAGAGGUGGCGAGAGGUCGGCUGCGGAGGACCCGGUGUGGGAACAUCACUCUCCCGGUGAGGGGAGUGGAGGCAGCGCCAACCCCAGCGAAGCCUCCCGGCCCCGCUAACAGACUGCUGAAGAGCGCACUGCAGGAUAAACACAUUGGGAAAAAGGAGGUGAAAGAGGAGGAGCCAAUGGAGACAGAGAGUGGAGAGGAGGAGGAGGAGGAGGAUGAAGAGGAGAAGGGAACAGGGGAUGCUGAGGAUGGGGGGCAGAGUGACACCCAAACCUCAGGGGGUGAGGAGGGUUCUAAGGGGGGGGAUUGCCUUGCCCCGGUUCCCAUGGAAACGGAACCCGGGAAUGGUGAUGACAUCACUGGAGGUUCUGAGGGACAGGCGGGGGUGAAGCAGGAGGACAAACAACCGGAACACACAACCAAUACGGUCUCUCCAGACCAGACACACACAGACACGCAGGUUCAGAAUGUGGUACAGUCAGAGAGAGAGAGCCACACUUCCUCUGUCCACAACCACAACUGUUCGGCCUGUAAGACCGAGGUGGGUGUGUCCUCCUGUCUCCUCACCCCCGCCUCACCUAGAGACUCUGGCCUGGCAGAGGAGAGAGGGAUGAACGGAGUAGUGUUUGUGAAGUCUGAGCUGGGCAGUCUAAACCCAGUCAACUGGACAGUGUCUGAUGUGGUCUGUUAUUUCACGACAGCAGGGUUUGCAGAACAGGCCUUAGCCUUCAGGACUCAGGAGAUAGAUGGGAAGUCCCUCCUCCUGAUGCAGCGUAACGAUGUCCUGACAGGCCUGUCAAUCAGGCUUGGCCCUGCCCUGAAGAUCUAUGAGCGCCAUGUGAAGGUUCUGCAGAGAACACACUUUGAAGAGGAUGACUGAUGACUUUACCUGGAGAGAGACACACACACACACUCCUCCUCUUCUCUCAACUUUAACUACGGAACAUUCCAAUCCCCAAACCCUGACCCCUGAACUCUAAACUGACCAACCGUCUCCAGGCCCCAACUCUCCUCUUCAUCCAUCUCUCCUCUCACAUCCCCCUCUCCUGGACUCUACUCUCCUCUCCUCUCACAUCCCCCUCUCCUGGGCUCUACUCUCCUGUCACAUCUCCCUCUCCAGGCCCCAACUCUCUUCUUUAUCCAUCUCUCCUCUCACAUCCCCCUCUCCUGGACUCUACUCUCCUCUCCUCUCACAUCCCCCUCUCCAGGCCCCAACUCUCUUCUUCAUCCAUCUCUCCUCUCACAUCCCCCUCUCCAAGCCACAACUCUCCUCUCACAUCCCCCUCUCCUGGACUCUACUUUUCUCUCCUAUCACAUCCCCCUCUCCUGGGCUCUCCUCUCCUCUCACAUCCCCCUCUCCAGGCCCCAACUCUCUUCUUCAUCCAUCUCUCCUCUCACAUCCCCCUCUCCAAGCCACAACUCUCCUCUCACAUCCCCCUCUCCAAGCCCCAACUCUCCUAUCCUCUCACACCCCCCUCUCCAAGCCACAACUCUCCUCUCCUCUCACAUCCCCCUCUCCAGCCACAA